AUGUUCGGCUACUCUGGUGGCGCCUUUGCCACGGAGUGGGCUACCGAGAAACGUGCAUGGUACGCGCGAGAUCUACCCAUUGUCGGUGCCGUGAUGGGUGCUCCUCCCCCGAAUGUCGUCAAAACCUAUCACAAUGCCAACAAUGGCAAACUGGCCGAGCUGAACGUUGCGGCCGUGCUGGGGGUGAUGAGCGCCUUCCCUAAAGUGGACAAAUUUAUACGUGAUGAUUUCAUAGAUGAGGAGGCGAAAAAGCUAUUUCUCUCUCCUCUGACAAAAUGCAGUUUGACUUGCGGAGAGAUCACGCAGGGGCUAGCCGGUGCCAAUAUCUCAUCUUUCUUCAAACAGGGCGACUACUUCCUAGAGGAAUUCAAGGGUACACUGGAAGACAUUGGGGUGAUGGGGAGGAAUAUUACAUGGAAAAAUAAACCAUGGUACCCGUUGAUGAUCUUCAAUGGUGACAAAGAUGAGAUCACGAAACCUAUUGAGGACACAGCAGAAUUGGUGAGGAAGUGGAGGAGGCGUACUUGGACGAGGGUGAGACACAUUACCCUCGCUGGUUUGGACCAUACCGGUGGCAUUUUAGGCCUACCGAGAGCCUGGCUCUGGAUCGAUAAUAGAUUUGCCAAUGUUGAGAGGAAAUGGCCCGUUGAAGGCGGUCCAGAGGAUGACGGUGACGAGAUCAUCGAGGAUCCGGAGGAUGAGAUGAGUCGUAUCGAGGCCCAGAUGAUCUUGGGGCCUAGCCACGAGCUGUGA